GAAGAGAGAAGUGGAGCAGGGACUGACCUCUGAAGCUCUGGACCUGAUCUGCUCUGGUGCUCAUAGGCCCUCCAGGAUCAGAGGCAGAGAGGGAUGAGUAGAGGUUGAGCACUGCAGUACCUUGUGGUGCCUUGUAAGGGUUGGAGGCCUCAGAGAGCCUUUCACCCAACUUCUUGGCAUAAACACUGCCGUGUCCAAUCCUAGUGACUGUUGAACCAUCAGACCUCAACCAGCCACUAUAGUAUGCCCCACUAGGAAGCUGCUCCAGGACAGAGCAGAGGCCCUUAGGCCCUGAAGUCCAUAGAUUGGAAAGAGAAAGCAACUAAGCUCCUCUUGUGUUGAACAGUGGAAUUAUUAGAGAUUAGGGUUGACUGCUUUGGUUCCUGCCCUAAAGAAGUGCCAGCUGGAGCCGGGCCUGAUAGCACAUGCCUUUGAUCCCAGCACUCAGGAAGCAGAGGCAGGUGGAUCUCUGAGUUCAAGGCCAAGAACAACCUGGUCUAAGUAACGAGUUCCAGGUCCCCUGGGGCUACAGAGAGACCCUGUCUCAAAAAAACCAAAAAAAAAAAAAAGUGCCAGCUGGUAGACAAAAUAAUAAUAAUAAUAAUAAUAAUAAUAAUGGCAUCUAGUGUGGGCUUGCUAUGAAUAUGUUGGGGAUGACAGCCUAUCUGGGAUGAAGGGGGAAAGAAAAGAGGUAAGAUUAUAUGGGUUCUAUAGGCCACCAAGUGUGUUUUAAGGUUUCCUGUAAUCCCCAUAGUUCCUGGUGGAAGGACGCUCAACUCAAUUCACAGAGGAGCCAGUGCUGAGAUGUUUAGUCACACCAACAAGAACCAGCAGCGACAGGAAUUAAAGUUCGGUCUGUGCUGAAAGCCAGGACUCUCCACUGCUCCCAUGAAGACUAACAAAAGGAAGAUGACCCAUGUCGGAUACUGGGUCGUCCACACUGAAUGAGGAAAGAGUCCCCUAGAAGGAAGCCGACAGAGAAGGACCAAGUCUGUGCAGCCACCAGGAAAGAGCUAAGGAAAGUGUUUGUGUCACAGUGGAACAUUGGCUUUUGCCCUGAGGAUCAGAGAUCCGAGCCUCAGGUUCAGACCUCCUGGCAGAAUGAAGAGGAUCUAUUAGUACGUCCAGGCCUCUGGUUACCAGAAAAUUUAAGCAGGAUAGAGUGAGUCCAGGGCGGUGGGGGAGGAGCCAAGGUGGGCCCCACCCCCAACCAUUGUGUCGGGGAAGCUAGUCAGCGAGUGGCCCGUUGUUAACCAAUCAGGACGAAGUAUGUAAAUGAGCAAGCUGGGAAGCUGUGGAACGACUCCAGGGCUCUGUGCAGUAGUCCAUAAAAGCGUGCUGACCGCGCGAACCACAAGAAGUACAGCGGUGACUGGUGAGCAGGUUAGGGCACCGGGGAGGGCUGGGCACACUCCCCGACCCAGACACUGUUGCAGACAGGUGGCCACCACUUGGGAAAGGGAUAAUUCGCAGAAGCCUGGCGCGUCGACGCAGAGGAAGGGUGGUGUGUAUGAAGGUGGGUUUUAGGGCCACCGACCCAAUGGGAAUAGCCUGGAUCUGCGGAGGCCUGGAUCACUUCUUCUCCCCACCCCAUGCAGAAGAGUCUGCAUCUGUGCUCCGGAACUUGAGAGAGGAGACAGGGAGCAAGUCUCCACAUCAUGGCCAGGCACUGCCACCACUCAGGAUACCUGGCUGAUGACGAGGCGGGUCAUAGAACAUACAUAGCUCCGCUACCCAAGAAACCACUGUUGCCAGAAAUGGGUCCAGCCUUAAAACUGGGACAUGUCCCACACCCACCAUCAGUGAACCAGGGCUAUUGGCAAAACCCUAAGUGCCCUCAGACCUUCGGCAGCUUCCUGGAUUUCCUGACUGAGGGCCCGGUACUGGACAGCUUGCAGUCAGUGGUGGAGAAGGCAACAGAGCAUAUGGCCACCAUGAAGACAGAGGCUGGGUUGCCACUGGUGGAUGUAAAAGAUCCUAUGUUGGAGCCAAAUGUCAGGCGCGGAACACGAGCCCGACCCAGCUUCAGCACUGUGCACAGACACCGUGCUCGGCCCACUCUGUGCACUAGACGCCCUAACAAUUACCCAUCCUGCUCCAGUUCCAUGUCUGACUCCCAUAGCAUCAUAGCUGACUGGCUGGGCUCCCACAACCAGGGCAAAGACCCAGGUGCCCGAGGUAUAGGCUCACUGCCACCAAUGAGGGACAGACUCCUGCUGGAGAAAAACCUCAAGAGGCUACUGCAACUGGAAAACAAAGGGAAAGACCUGAAUCAGUCCUGCUCCCAGAAGGACUCCCUGCUGUGGGACUCUCUGGGCAGCCAGACCAGCAGGCAGUGGACCCGGGAGCAGCCUCUUUCUUGGUUUGCAGGGCUUCUGGGCUCCAGCUCAGGCACUCCUGAAGCAUCAGAGCUGGGACCUGGAGAACAGGAGCUGAUUUUCCUCAAACAAGGGUUACACAAGGAGAUAAAGUCAUUACUGAGCCAGCAAGUAGCACUCAGCCUGCCUGUCUACUGUUCACACCGGGAGCCUCAUCAUACCCUGGACUUCCUGGCUGGGAAUCGCCUCUUUCCUGCCCUGCAGAGUGUGGUCAGCCAGGCUGUGGACAAGCUCAGCAAAGCCUGUCGCCACAAUGGCUUCCCUCUCUUCCCUGCUGCCUCAGAGCCCACCCAAAUGCUGUCUGUGAAUUCUGGUCUGGGGCAUGACUCUAAGGCGGCGAUACCCAUCAACAGGGAAGACAGGGAGGAGCACUGUGGUUCUCCUACCACAGCCUGCAGCACCAAGACAUCUCACAGAAAAAGCAGGAGCAGACGGGGUUCCCCCACUAUAUCUAAUGCCCAGAUGGCUACGAGAUUCAGGCUCAAGGUGAUACCCACAGAAGAACCCAAAGACCUCAGUCCCUCAUUCCAGGCCACACAGGAGUCCCCUGACUCAGAUCCCAAAUUACAGAAACCACCUGUAGUCCUGAGCUCCCAGAUGGCCAAGCCCCGGCAUGGCUUGCACCUUACCCUUCCUGCUCCUGGGAUCACAGUGGAGGUAGCCUCCUGCCAGACCUGUCUCAGGAGCCCUCUCCCUCAUCAGCUUGCCUCUUCCUGCCCUUCUCCCUCCUCCUCCCUUUCCCCCAUGUUAUCCUCAUUCUCCUCUUUGGUAAGCAACAUCUCCCCUUCUCCCACUGCACCAUGUUCAGAGACGAUCUCAAGAGUAGGGCUGGAGGUCUUGGAGAAACAUUUUCAGGGGAAGAGUUUCUUCAGCCAUCACACCUAGUAGCCACUGUCACUGACUCGUGCCCAAGGUCAAGAGCUCUUGCCCUGCUCUGUGGAAAUCUCCUGGAGUAGGGUACUAGCUGUUGGGGGAACCAAGA